GUAACACUCAAAACCUGAAAGUAACAGCAAACCAAAAGGUCGCUUCUUUAAUCCAACUCCCCACCCACCAAGAUUCAAUCUUUCCCCAAACCCAUUUCAGAUUUGGUCCUUCCGAGCAAGACCCAGUUUUCCGAUUCGGAGCUCCGAGCAAUAAUUGAAUAUGAAGAAGCUGAAAAGCUACUACAUGCAUCUGAGGCACCAACAGCAGAAGACAAUGGAGCUCAAAUGGAUCUUACCUCUCGCAAUUGGCUCCAUCGUCUCUCUCUUCCUCCUCUUCCUCACCACCCUAACCACCUCCGACGGCUCACCCUUGCUGCCCUUCUACCGCUACUCCAUUUCUCUCUCCAACUCCGUUUUCAUCGAAUCCAAGCUCCACCCUCUCCCCAUUUCCACGCUCCCUCCGCCGCCGCGGUUCGCCUACUUCGUCUCGGGGUCUAACGGCGACGGCAAGAUGCUGAAACGGACGUUACAGGCGCUGUACCACCCGCAUAAUCAGUACGUGGUGCACUUGGACGCCGAGUCGCCGCCGGAGGAGCGGUUGGAUCUGCAGAAUUACGUUUCUAACCAUGAGGUGUUUAAGAAAUUCGGGAAUGUUAGGAUGAUCACCAAGGCGAAUUUGGUCACUUACAGAGGACCGACUAUGGUGGCCAACACGCUCCACGCGGCGGCGAUUUUGCUCAAGGAAGGCGGCGAUUGGGAUUGGUUUAUCAAUCUUAGUGCUUCUGAUUAUCCACUUGUUACUCAGGAUGAUCUGCUGCACACAUUUUCGUACCUGCCUCGGGAUCUUAAUUUUAUUGAUCAUACUAGCAACAUUGGAUGGAAAGAGUUCCAAAGGGCCAAGCCGCUAAUUGUGGAUCCUGGGUUGUAUAUGACAAAGAAGACUGACGUGUUUUGGGUUACGCAGCGCAGGAGUGUGCCAACAGCUUUCAAGCUUUUUACAGGUUCUGCUUGGAUGGCACUUUCAAAGCCUUUUAUUGACUACUGUAUAUGGGGAUGGGACAACCUACCUCGAACUGUUCUCAUGUAUUAUGCAAACUUUAUAUCAUCCCCAGAAGGAUACUUCCACACUGUCAUCUGUAACGCGCAAGAGUUCCGCAACACAACUGUGAAUACUGACCUACAUUUCAUAGCAUGGGACAAUCCUCCCAAGCAACAUCCUCACCACCUCAACCUUGGAGAUUUCCCAAGGAUGAUUGGCAGCAAUGCUCCAUUUGCAAGGAAGUUUCGGAAAGACGAUCCGGUGCUUGACAAAAUUGAUUCUGAGCUGUUGUUUAAGGGUCCAGGCAUGCUUGUUCCUGGUGGCUGGUGCACAGGAAGAAGUGAAAAUGGAUCUGAUCCAUGUUCUGUUAUUGGUGAUACCACAGUUCUCAGGCCUAGUCCUGGAGCAAAGAGGCUAGAACUUUUAAUCAGCUCGCUUAUGUCAAACGAGAAUUUCCGACCAAAACAGUGCAAAUAACAAGAACUUAAACUGUUGUUGAAGCGUUCCCCGGUUCAGUUCGUUUAUACUUGACAUGACACUGGAAUACAGCAUCUUCAGGGAAAUGGUAUUUUUUUAUAGUUGGAGAAGAUAAUGGCUCAAAGUAUGCACAUAGCUUUUGACAGGGUGAGUGGCUCGAAGUAUGCACAGAGCCAAGAAUGGGGUGGAAUUGUAUCAAUUACUGAGCUAGAUUGCUUCGCGCUAUGAUGACAUGGUAUGCACCACUUGGAUGGUUUGUAGAUCACCAUUUCCCUUUUACAUUUCUUCUUCCCUCCUUUCCUUUGAAAUGUUAUACUAUAUUUCACUUGGUCCAGUAGUAAAUUGUUUCUUGAGGCGAAUGCGGUGGUGUAAGAACAACUGGGAAGAUGUAUAUUUGAAAGAGGAAA